CAUCGGGCUGGGUGUGCUUACACUUGAAUAAAUUUUGUUUUGUUUUAUUUUCGGUGAUUACCAAAUUCCAAGUGCAGCUGGAGAAAUGGCAACCACUUACAACCGAAUUUUAUUGUCCCUGGCCGUGAUGUUGGCCAUGUGGACAGCUUCGGAGGCAGCCGACAAGGAAGGCUUUCCCGUGUCCAUCAUACACAUUAACGACCUGCACGCCAGGUUCGAUCCUACGGACACCUCCGGUGGUACCUGCGACGAUGGCGAAUACUGUAUUGGCGGUUAUCCUCGCACUGUCUACACAGUAAAGCGACUCCUCCAAGAGCACGCCGAGCUCAAUCCCAUCUACAUCAAUGCCGGCGACAGCUUUCAGGGAACACUGUGGUACAACAUCGGCCGCUGGAACGUCACCCAAGAGCUUUUGAACCUUUUGCCCGCCGAUGCCAUGACCCUGGGCAAUCACGAGUUCGAUCAUGGAGUAGAGGGUGUUGUGCCCUUCCUGGAGACGGUGAACACCAAUAUGCUGGUGGCUAACAUGGAUUGCGCUCACGAACCGACAAUGGAGGGCAAGUACAACAAGUCAAUGAUCAUUGAGCGAUCGGGUCGCAAGAUUGGAUUGAUUGGCGUUAUCCUGGAGACGACCUACGAUCUGGCCAAUACAGGCAAGGUGAUCUUUCGUAACGAGAGCGACACUAUCCGCGAAGAGGCCCAGCUGCUGAAGGCCCAAGGUGCCAACAUCAUCAUCGUGGUCUCGCACUGCGGCUACGAUGUCGACCAGGAGAUCGCAGCCAAUGCCGGCGACUGGAUCGACGUCAUUGUCGGCUCCCAUUCGCACACCUUCCUUUACACUGGUGAUCCGCCUGGUCCGCACAGCGCAGCCGGAGAUUACCCCACCGAGGUGGUCCACAGUUCUGGCCAUCGUGUCCUUAUCGUCCAGGCCUCGGCCUACGCCCGCUAUGUGGGCAACCUGGUGGUCUACUUCGAUGACAACGGUGAUGUUAUAGACUUCGAGGGUAAUCCGCUCUACAUGGACCAGUCGGUGCCCGAGGAUGACACCGUUCUGCAGGCCAUGGAGCCCUGGAAAGCUGAAAUGGAACCCAUCGCCAACCGAAUCGUGGGUCAAAGUCGGGUCUAUCUACAGCAGAGUGAGUGCUCCCGUGGAGAAUGUAAUUUGGGUAACUUUUACACGGAUGCUAUGCUUCACGCGUUCGUCAAAGACGCCUCGUCAACCUCCCUUGACACCAGUUGGAGUAACGUGACCAUUGCUCUGACAUCGCCAGGAACAUUUCGAGUGCCCAUUUCACCUGGCAACAUCACCUACAAGCAGCUGUUUGCCGUGGUUCCUUGGCAGAAUCGUUUGAUCUCCCUAACUCUCCGAGGGAAGCACAUUCUCGAGCUGCUGGAGAACGGAGUUGCGUCUAUGAAUGCCAGUUCUUCAUCCCCAAGAUCUUCUCGGUUUCUGCAGGUAUCCGGUCUUCGAGUUGUCUUCAAUCUGAACGCCAGCCCUGGUCAGCGCGUCUCCAGUGUCCGUGUCCGUUGCUCCAAAUGCAAUGUGCCCCUGUAUCAGCCAUUGGAUCUGGAAGAGAAGUACCGUGUUGUAGUCAUGGACUACCUUGCAAAUGGAAAGAAUGGUUUUGGCGUAAUCAGCGAAAACGCAGAGGAUCCUGAAAUUGGUCCUUUCGAUUUGGAUGCCUUGAUAGAUUUUAUGAACGCCGUGGGACCUAUUACCACUGGAAUUGAGCAUAGGACCCAGAUUAUUAGAACAUAGAUUUAACAUAUUUUCAUAUAUUUCAAAUGAUUUCAAUGAUAAUGAAUAAACGUAUUUGGUAAAGGAUAUUAA